AUUGUUCCAUCGGCGAAUAUCCACUUCCACCCUUGCUAUUCUACUUUUGAAUGCGCCCGCCUUGCUGUCCCCAUGGAUUGGAACAAUGCAUCCGACUCAUCAGUUGCCGUUGCGCUAAUUAGACUGCCCGCAAAGGUUGACGUGAGCGACCCGCGAUACGGCGGUUCUGUUCUGGUCAAUCCAGGUGGUCCAGGAGGCUCAGGUGUUAACCUUGUCCGUCUUCAUGGCGACAACCUCCAAACAAUCAUUGAUUCUCCGCUCAGCUCCAAUAACUCAGAAUCAAAGUAUUUCGAUAUUGUGGCUUUUGACCCAAGGGGUGUCGGCUUCACUACCCCAUCAUUCACAUGCUUUGCCAACUCCCAGCAGAGACUAUUGUGGCAAAUAGCUUCUAACACGGAUGGUCUACUUGGCAGCUCCGAUGUGGCAUUUAGCCGUAUAUGGGCGAGAAAGCAAGCCCUGGCUGAAGCAUGCGACGAAGUUGGGGAUGAGAGGAUUAGUACACGAAUGAAUACUGCGGUCGUUGCGAUGGAUAUGGCUGCGGUUGUAGAAGCACUUGCGACAUGGAGAAGAGAAAAGAGCGGGAAUUCCCAUCCAGACUGGAAUAAGUCACAGUAUUGGGGGUUCUCAUAUGGAACUGUCUUAGGUGAGACAUUUGCAAGCAUGUAUCCACACCUCGUGGGCCGUCUGGUGCUUGAUGGCGUUAUUGAUAGUGAUCGACACUAUGCUGGUAAAUGUACCUGGGACGGAGAAAUCGACGAUGCAGAUGCUAUCAUGGAGCGAUUCAGCAUCUAUUGCUAUCGAGCAGGGCCUGAUAAAUGUCCUUUGUUCUCUGAAAAGGGCCCUGGAUUCAUCCAAUCCGAGCUUGACAAUAUCAUUGCAAACUCUGAAAAUACGACCAAAGCCGUGCAGUCCGCACAUGGACCAGAGAUCGUCACCCAUAGUGACGUGCAGAAGAUAAUUCGGGAUUCGCUAUAUGAGCCAUUCAAGGAAUUUGAGGGUCUCGCGCAAGCGCUAUACAAUUUGGCCAAUGGAGAUGGAAAUAUCAUCGCUAAUCGAAAGCAAACAUCAUCGCUUUUCUCCGAGCCUGCUGAUUAUGCAGAAGAGGCGGUUGGAGCUAUAUCUUGCACCGAUGGUCUUGAUCAGACUAAUACUACCAAAGAAGAGUUUGUGGAAUAUUGGCAGAAGAUGCGUCACCAGAGUAGCUACCUUGGUGAUCGAUGGAGUCAAAAUAGACUUCUCUGCCUGUUUUGGAAAACCAGACCUGAAUUCGUGUACUCUGGGCCGAUCGGAGUCCAUACAGAUCCCAUCUUGUUCAUUGGAAAUACCUUGGACCCGGUCACUUCCCUUGAUAAUGCGAAGAAAAUGAGUCAGAGAUUUCCUGGAUCGGGCCUCAUUCAACAAGACUCAGAAGGUCACUUAUCACUGUCGACACCGUCCCUUUGUACCGCAAAGGCAGUACGAGCUUAUUUCCAAACCGGCACACUUCCAGCUCAUGGAACACUGUGCCAGGUCUACGAUAAACCAUUUGACUUACCAGGUGACCGGAAAACGCUGUUGCAGGAGGGCGAUGACGACCUGCUCAGGGCUUUGAGGGCUAUAGCGGGAGAGAUGUGGUGA